GUCGGGCUGGUCAGGGCUGGGCCCUACGCACUUUGCGUAGUGAGGGGGGUUACUUAAGGCCUGGUACUUGGCCUUGUACAAGUCUUGCCUGUCCCCCUAAAGGGGGUGGGGGUGAGAGAGAGGCGAGGCUGCAAAAGAAGAGAAGAGAAAUUGAGGCUGUUAAGGGCAUUAUAAUUUCUUUAAAAAGAGAGGAAAGGGGAGGCCAUGGCUGUCCCAGCCAAGAAGAGGAAGAUGAACUUUUCAGAGCGGGAGGUGGAGAUCAUCGUGGAGGAACUGGAACUGAAGAAGCACCUGCUGGUGAACCACUUCAAUGCUGGGGUCCCUCUGGCUGCCAAGAGUGCGGCCUGGCAUGGCAUCCUGAAAAGGGUCAACGCUGUGGCCACCUGCCGUAGGGAGCUGCCCGAAGUCAAGAAAAAGUGGUCCGACCUCAAGACCGAGGUUCGUCGCAAGGUGGCCCAAGUCCGAGCUGCUGUAGAAGGUGGCGAGGCUCCAGGGCCCACAGAAGAAGAUGGAGCUGGUGGAGCCGGGACAGGCAGUGGCAGUGGUGGCAAUGGCACAGCCAUAGCUCCGGUACUGCUGACCCCUAUGCAACAGAGGAUCUGCAACCUGUUGGGUGAGGCCACCAUCAUCAGCCUACCCAGUACCACAGAGAUCCAUCCUGUGGCCCUCGGACCCACAGCUACUACAGCCGCAGCCACGGUCACCCUGACACAGAUCCCCACUGAGACCACCUACCACACGCUGGAGGAGGGAGUGGUGGAGUACUGCACUACUGAAGCCCCUCAGCCCCUGCCAGCAGCGGCCCCAGUGGAGAUGAUAGCCCAGCCUGCAGACACAUCUGUCAAGCCACAGGCACUGAAGAGCCGCAUUGCCCUCAAUUCAGCCAAGUUGAUCCAGGAGCAGCGGGUCACUAACCUCCACAUAAAGGAGAUCGCACAGCACCUGGAGCAACAGAAUGGCCUGCUACAGAUGAUGCGGCGUUCUCAGGAGGCGCAGGCCUGUGCCCAGGAGCGGCAGGCCCAGGCCAUGGAGGGCACCCAGGCAGCCCUGAGUGUCCUCGUCCAGGUCCUCCGGCCCAUGAUUAAAGAUUUUCGACGCUACCUACAGAGUAACACACCCAACCCAACCCCAGCCCCUAACCCUGGACAGGUGGCCCAGAAUGGGCAGUCAGACAGCAUUAUCCAGUGAGGGCAGGGGUCAAGCCAGUACUCCGCUUGUGAUUGAAGGAAACAUCUAUGGAAUUUUAAGUGGUUUCUGUGGGCAGCUUUACGUGGGCCAUGUGGAUAGCUCCCUCUUGGAUAGAUACAUGUGAUUUGUUAGUCUGAGAAAAAUGAAGGAGACUGGGAAAAGGAAUUUGCUGGGUUCCUGGAUCCCAAUAUAUCUUAGUUCAACCUCUGGAGCUGCCUUGCUGAGAUUUUAGCUGGGAGCCAUGUAUACUGGUGAUGGGACAUGGGUUGACAUGAUCUACAGCUUGAGACAUCACCCACACUCAGUUUAGGACAACUUUAAAGACAAACUGGCUCUCACUGGGGCUAUGUCUCAGCACAUGACUGUCAAUGAGCUGCCCCACCUCAGGUGCGCCACCUUUCUGAGUGCCCCCUUGCCAGUGUAGCCGGCAGAAAUGCAAUAACACCCAAAUAAGAAUGUCUCCCAGCACCACUGGGAAGUCCCAGUCCUUUAUCCCUCUCACUGUGCCUCCAUUCUCAGGGGACUCUCUUGACUGCUGUAUGCCACAGCCACGCAGGCACAGCUCUGCUGUUGGAUAUGCCCUGAGAUGUAUGCAGCCGACCUGGCUCACGAAUGCUUUGUGUGGCAGGUUGGCCACUCUCUAGUCUUCCAGGACACCUCUGAGUAGCUAGCUGUUCUAUAAUUUGCCCCAUCCCCAGACUUUGACACAGGUGGGCUUCCGGUGCUGUCAGUGUUAAAAGGCAAACCCCUGUGGAAUCCUGUUUCCUGCUGCAGUGUACUUGAGGUAAAUCUCUAGUCUUAUUUUAUUAUUAUUUUUCUUUAGAGAGCUCACUUCUAGCCAGUCGUAUUUACUCUACAGCGGAACUCUUUCUGAGAGGGCUCCAGGCUCUGUGGCCACCCUUCUUCCUCCUCUGCUGGACCACAUGUCCAGCACACAGUGCACGUAGAGCCCUGCUCAGCAUCCCACCCAAGUACUCCUCUCACUCUGGUCCACAAUGCCUGGUGCCCUGAAGAUGCCCCGCCCCCACUGGCUAAGUGAAUCCAAAGCAAGGAUGGCCCCUGAAUGAAUGAGGCGGAAGAUAAAAAGUGAGCCCUUUGAAUCCUAUGCUCUCACAGGGCAUAGCCUCAGAGGGCUGGAGUACAUGUUGCCUGGCUUUCCACCUCUCCGAGGCACUUACAAGAGACUCUGCCAGGCAAGGUUUAUCUGUAUCGCUUUCAAACUUGCAGUGCUGAGGCCUCAGGCUCCCACAUUACUACCCCAUUUGCCACAUUGCUGCCACAUCUGGGACACUCAUAACCAGUGACAACAACUCAAAGUUCCAGAUCUUAACCAAGCAAAGAAGUCAAGUUGCCUUUCCAGGCAUGGGUACAUAGAGAUGCUUAGCUCUACUGCUGUCCCAGGAAGAGGUCCCCUGGAGAUAGUGAGGUGGCUACCCACUGUCCCCUUCUCCAAGAAGGCAUUUGCAAUGCUAGCUACAGAGAGAUGGAAUGAGGUGGGGCCCCAGCAGGGUUGCUACAGGAGACGCCUAAGGAUUUGUGACCCAGUUUGGUUCUUCUCUGAGGUUGGAAAUCUGAGCCAACGUUGUAUCUGUUCCAUUUGUGCAUAAAGAGGAAGCUUAGCUUACUUACGCUAACUUGUUCUUCCCAGGUCACAACUUUAAAUUAAAGAAAUAUCACUUUUUUUUAUAAACA